ACAGCCGGACUGGUGGCCAUCUGCUAGCCUGCCUCAGAACCUCAUCACCGCAGUACCAAGGAGUUGGCAGCACACUGCCGGUCUGACGCCUUGCAGGGUAGAGUGGUGAGGUUAAGUGGCCUAAUGACACAGGGUAGGGUUGUGAAGUCACAGAGGAAGUGGGAUGCUGCAGCUAGAGGCCGAGGCUUGCUUACCCAAGGAUGGAGAAGAUAUUGCCCAGACAGAUUCUGUGUGUUUUCUGCCCGUGGAAGGGAGCCUCUGGGACUGGCAGGGCAUAUCUGGUGCCCGAGGUGGACUGAUGAGUUGGGUGAGGCCACCCGACUGUUAAGGGUCCCCCUCCCCAUCUUACACUGGAAUAAAAACAGCCUCAUGUCCACCUUCUGGCAGCCUACAUACUACCCACACAACAUGUGGAAGAGAAGCGGAUGCCUCAGGGUACAGUUCCGAGGCAGACCACUCUGGAUACUUCCAAACCCAACUCUACGCACUUUCUGUUCCUCUUGAUUAGUUGGCAUCCAGAUGCAGAGGCCUCCAUGGCUGUGAUAAGCCUGCUGUUCUUGGCAGUGAUGUAUGUUGUCCACCACCCCCUGAUGGUCAGUGACCGGAUGGACCUGGACACGCUGGCCAGGAGUCGGCAGCUGGAGAAACGGAUGAGCGAGGAAAUGCGGCAGCUAGAGAUGGAGUUUGAAGAGAGAAGGCGAGCGGCCGAUCAGAAGCAGAAAGCCGAGAACUUCUGGAGAGGGGACACCUCCAGUGAUCAGUUAGUGCUGGGGAAGAAAGACAUGGGGUGGCCCUUCCAGGCCGGUGAGCAAAAUGGGGGGCCUCUGGGUUGGCUGCUCGGAAACCUGUGGAACGCAGGCCUCUUCUGCCUCUUUCUCAUCUUUGAGCUCCUGCGACAGAACAUGCAGCAUGAGCCGGCCUUUGACUCCAGCAGCGAGGAGGAGGAGGAGGAGGAGGAAAUCCGCAUCGUCCCUGCCUCUUGCUCCUGGCUCUCUGGUUUUCCCUCCCAGGAAGCCCUGGAAUCCUUUUACAAACAUUAUAUCCAAAAUGCCAUCCGUGACCUGCCCUGCACCUGCGAGUUUGUGGAGAGCUUUGUGGAUGACCUCAUUGAGGCCUGUCGGGUGCUUUGUCGCCGGGAGGCUCACCCACAGUUGGAGGACUGCUUGGGCAUCGGAGCUGCCUUUGAGAAGUGGGGGACCCUCCAUGAGACACAGAAAUUUGACGUCCUGGUGCCCAUUGUCCCCUCACAAGGCACUAUGUUUGUCUUGGAGAUGAGAGACCCAGCCCUGGGCCAUCGCUGUGGCUGUGUGAAGGUGGACUCUGAGUGCAUGUGCAAACACGAGAAGCUCCCCGGGGAUGUGCUGUGUCUGGUGCACCACCACAGGGAGCACUCGGCCAUCCUGAGCCAGUGUACUAGCUCCAUCAAGGCGGCUCUCUGCACCGGCUCGCACCUGGAUGUGUAUAAGACUGUGCAGUGGUUCCGAAACAUGGUGGGCAACGCCUGGGCGCUGGUGGCCCACAAAUACGACUUUAAGCUCACCCUCCCACCGUCUACCACCUCCUGCAAGCUCAGGUUGGAUUACCGCUCAGGCCGCUUCCUGUCCAUCAAUUUGAUUCUUGGGGUGCAACGGGAAGAUACCUUGGUCUACCUAAUGAGUCAGGCCCCUGACCAAGAACAGCUCACCAGCGUGGACUGGCCUGAGUCCUUUGCAGCUUGUGAACACUUGUUCCUGAAGCUGGUGGGGCGCUUUGCCCCUGAGAACACCUGCCACCUCAAGUGCCUGCAGAUCAUUCUGAGUCUUCAGGACCACCAGCUCCUACCCCCGGGAGCGUCCUGUCCCAUCCUCUCCGCCUACCACUUUAAAACGGCCCUCAUGCACUUGUUGCUGCGACUGCCUCUGACAGACUGGCAGCACAGCAUGCUCUCUCAACGGCUCCAGGACCUUUUCUGGUUCUUAGGCCGAGGCCUCCAGCAAAGGUCUCUCCAUCAUUUCAUCGUUGGGAACACCUUCCUGCCCCUGACCAUACCAAUCCCUAAGAUAUUUCGCAGUGCUGAGCCUGUCAAUCUUUUCCAACACCUGGUGCUAAAUCCAGUGGCACACUCACAGGCAGUGCAGGAAUUCCACAACCUUUUGGCCCAGGUGAAAACACUGCCAAGCUCCCCACUGGCUGGAGGACUUUAAUGGAGAGGCCAUUUAAAAAAAAA